CUGACAAAUAUAAAGAGCUUCCCGAGAGACAACACCAAGUCACAGAAAAAUUAGCCAAUAUGUUUGCACAGUCCUCCUUAUACAGCGAAAUGAGAACUGAACUGGAUCCACUCUUGGGGGAACAGAAGGUGGGGAGGAGCUCAGCCUUGGAGGAGAUCACGUGUGUCACCCCUUUCUGGCAUCAGCUCUGGUGGAUUACCUGUCGUUCAUUCAAAAAAUUCCAGUGUUUUUCAUGGGUCACUGUGAUUCAGGCAAUUAUUGAAGUCAUAAUGGCUGUGGUUAUAGGUACUAUUUUCUAUUUCCUACAAGAUGAUUGUACUGAAGUCCAAAGGAGAACUGCCGUGCUAUACUUGCUCACAGGCUUUGAAUGCUUCACAAGCCUGUCUGCCAGGGAGCUCUUCAUAAAUGACAGGGAUCACUUUCUACAUGAGCAUACCAGUGGAUACUACAGUGUGUCAUCAUAUUUCCUUGGGAAAUUGCUGGCUGAGCUGGUACCCAGGAGGUUAUUGCAAAGUAUUAUACUUACUGUUAUAAUAUUCAUCAUAUCAGGAAUAAGAAGAGAUGUGAAGGGUUUCUUCACUAUGAUAUUUACUGCCACGAUGUUGGUUUAUUCCGCCAGUUCGGUGUCACUGUCAUUAGGGGCAGGGGAGAAUGCAGCAGCUAUACCAACAUACCUCAUAAUCAACUAUAUUAUGUUCAUGCUGUUUACCUCAGGUUUAUCACUAUACCACAUAAACUUCAUGUACGACCUGUCAUGGAUUCAGUACUUCAGCAUUCCUCAUUAUGGAUUUUCAGCUUUGCAGCACAAUGAAUUCUUGGGACAAAACUUCUGUCCAGAACACAAAACAGCAGAAAUCAGUAGAUGCCAGGGCUAUGUAAUAUGUACUACUGAAGAAUAUUUGGCAAACCAAGGCAUUGAUAUCUCAUCGUGGGGCUUCUGGAAGAAUUAUGUGGCCUUAGGUUGUAUAAUGAUUAUCUUCUUAUCAAUUACCUAUGUGCAGUUGUUAUCUCUUAAGAAAAAGAGAUAUUUUUAAAUCACUCUUCCAUUUUCUUCUGAUUAUUCUGAUGUUUGAAAAAAAAUAAAACUUUUCUGGUGGCCAUGUCAGUGGAGCAGUAGGUAGCACUUGAAUUUUAGGAGUUUGGCCCACCAGAAUAGAAGGCACUGAUGGAUGAAUCUUAGGUAAGCAAGGCCCUGCAGGUUUUCUUCACAAUGUUUCUUGUACUGCUGUGACUUUACAUACUUGGCAUUGCCAUUUUUCUCUGGUAGCUGGCAUGGUGUGAAUGGGGGUGGAGAGAUCCCCACUGCCUUUAAUGUAAUGUGAUAUUUUCAUGAAAAUAUCCUGUUCUACUGGGCAUCUAUCUGUGGAUCAUUAUGAAGAAGAUUUCCUACUAAGCAAUACUGUUUAACUGAAGUAAUGAUUUUAUACAAUAAUAGUGAUAGAAUUUUGACGAUUAAGGGUAUUUUACCAAAUGUAGUAAGGGAUUAUGGUAGAGGUUAGUUUAGUGGGAAAAUUAAUACAGGCAAAGGUAGGAUAUGGUGUUUCCUCCACCCCUGAUAAAGCAGGGAUGGCAGAGGAUAGAAAUAGGGCCAAGGAAGUGUUACACAGCUAGGACUUAUGAGUUUCCUUGAGGAACCCUUUAGACUGUGUUUUAGGUUCAUGAUUAAGGAAAACAUUUAAAUCCCAGGAAUUAGUUCAAGUUCUUUUUCAUAUUUGGAAUUGAUGCACAGAUUUCAUAGUGCAUCAUAGAUAAAACAAUACUUCAUGUAACUAGAAAACAAAGAAUUGGAUGGUUGAUUAAGAUAAUUGGGCAGAACUCUAAAACAUGAAAAGUGAAACUAGUCACCUGUUUUUCUGGAAAUUAUAAAAACUACUGCCUAUGUACUCAUUAUGGCUAAAAGGCUCCUGAUGUAUGAGAAGUCUAAAAGAUAAUUGUUCAAAUGUAUGUGGGUUCUUAGGAAUAAUUUGCUUUUUACCUGCAAUAUGUAAAAUGAUUAAUCAUGUAAGGGAAAUCGGAAACAUGAUUUUUUUUUACUUGUAUUCAUUGUAAUCAUUCACUUAAAAAUACAAUGUAACUAAAUUGUAAUUUUUAUAUUGCUUGAAAGAUUUUUCUGGGAUAUAUAAGCUGUAAAGGAAAAAAUAAGGAAGUUAGAAGGAAGAUAUUAGGAAGUAGUGAAGAAGGAAGUCAU